GCAGAAAACCCAUUCCCACAAAAUCAUAGUCCCAAUUCAUUCUGUUCACUAUUUUAGUUCCGCCAUGACACAUCCCAUUCGGCUGCUUGGACUUCUGAUAAUAGCAUUCUAUAGUGGUUCUCAAGCUGUAAAUCCCUUCUCACAGUACUGGGAAGAGCAUAUUGGACUCCCACACCCUCCAGAUUGGUUAGCUGCAAAGGCUUCUCCAUUAAGCCUCCAUCAAAUGGCAUUGUUUGUGAAACUUAUGGAGGAAAAUGAAUUGGUUUCUCACCUAUGUUUGUUCUGUAAGCAAGCUAACAUUGCUUGUUCCACAAAUGCACUGGUGAAGAAGACAACAAAUGACGAAACCCUGCCACCAAUAGCCCAUUGGAAUGGUGAAAAAGUGAAAUAUGAUGACCUUCCAAAUGCAACACCCCUGUCGGUUGCUAGCCAGUGGGGAUUGCAAUUUUUCCGAGAGUCAAUGGUGAAAGAGGGAGGUUUCAUACUCGUUCCUGAUCUAAGGGACCCAAUGUCAUUUGAAUCAUUUUUGCCGCGGCCUCUAGCAUCAAAAAUUCCAUUUUCCUUUGCCCGGAUUGAGGAACUAAAGAAGCUUUUUAGGGUGGUGGAUGAAUCAAAAAUGGCUGAGUAUAUUCAAGACACCCUUGAGAUAUGUGACAAGAGCUCCAUUAGAGGUGAGCAAAGCACUUGUGUAACUUCUGCCGAGGAUCUCAUUGAUUUUGUUGUGAGGAAAUUUGGGUAUCAUGUUCGCGUAUGGAGUACUGAGAGCAUCGAUGGAUCUUAUGAGAAUAUCACAAUUGGAGCUGUGAAACUCAUCCAUGGAAACCUCUCCGAACCACCAGCUUUAUGUCAUAGUCUGCCUUUUCUAUUUCAAGUCUAUUACUGUCAUGUUUUACAAAAAAUAAAACUAUAUGUAGUUGAUAUACAUGCUCAGAAGAAAGUGAAUCAUGCGAUCAUGGCAUGCCACUAUGAUACAUCAACUUGGAAUCCAAACCAUCUAGCUUUUAAGCUGUUGGGGUUUGGCCCAGGUCUAAUUGAAGUCUGUCAUUGGAUAAAUAAGAACGCAAUGGUCUGGACAAAGACUCUAGCAUGAACUACAUUUGAAGAUUUGAUCUUCUAGUUCUCUAGUUUAAAUUACAAGUUAUUGUUUAUGUUAUUUGAAGGAUAAAUAAUGACAUAUUUUGGCUUAA